CUGAUACCCUCUUUUUCAUCUGAUUUGUGAGAGUCGGGAUUGAAGCCUAACGUGUAGCUGCAGCUCUAGAAUUACUCUCUCUUCUUUUUUGCAGGUGAUUUCCGGGGAACAUUUUGCCCCCACCGAAAAUUUUGGUUGAACUUAAACUCAACUUAAUUUAUAGCAUGCUUCGUGAUCCUUCCCCAAUCAAGAGGGAAACCAAGGUUUGCCCUCAUCUCUCUAGCAACAAUCUGGAGAAUGUAAACCUAGAGACAUCAGCUAAUUGUGGGAACAAAGUUGAGAAGGAACGAAAGUGGAUCCGGCCUGACAACCCUAGCAAGUGUACUUGGCAGCUAGGCAAACCUAUCUCAGAAUCUCCUCAUCAUCAUGUCUCUUCGUCAAAGACAAGCAAAGUCAUUCCUGAUAUUUUGAAGAAAAUUGGCGAUACACCUAUGGUCCGAAUCAAUAAGAUUGGGAAGAACUUUGGACUGAAAUGUGAACUUUUGGCAAAGUGUGAAUUUUUCAAUGCUGGAGGGAGUGUGAAGGAUCGAAUCAGCCUGAGAAUGGUAGAAGAUGCAGAAAGAGCAGGUAUUUUGAAACCUGGACAUACAAUCAUCGAGCCAACUUCUGGGAAUACCGGAAUUGGGCUGGCCCUGGCUGCAGCAGUGAAAGGGUAUCGUUGCAUCAUUGUGAUGCCAGAGAAAAUGAGUAUGGAAAAGGUGGAUGUCCUGAGAGCACUGGGAGCUGAAAUUGUGAGAACUCCAACCAGUGCCAGGUUUGAUUCCCCUGAAUCUCAUGUAGGAGUGGCAUGGCGACUGAAAAAUGAGAUUCCCAAUUCUCACAUUUUGGAUCAAUAUCGAAAUGCCAGUAAUCCUCUCGCUCACUAUGAUAGCACAGCAGAGGAGAUCUUACAGCAAUGUGAUGGGAAAUUGGAUAUGUUGGUAGCUUCUGCUGGCACUGGGGGCACAAUUACAGGUCUUGCCCGAAAACUGAAGGAGAAAUGCCCAGGAUGCAAAAUCAUUGGUGUUGAUCCAGAAGGAUCUAUCCUUGCUGAGCCAGAAGAACUGAACCAGAGUGACAAAACAGCUUAUGAAGUAGAGGGCAUUGGGUAUGAUUUCAUCCCCACAGUACUAGACAGGAAGGUGGUGGAUAAGUGGUACAAGAGCAAUGAUGAGGACUCCUUUGCUUUUGCUCGAAUGUUAAUUGCGCAAGAAGGAUUACUUUGUGGUGGUAGCUCUGGUAGUUCGAUGUCCGUUGCAGUAAAGGCUGCCAAGGAUCUGAAGGAGGGUCAGCGUUGUGUGGUCAUUUUGCCUGAUUCUGUGAGGAAUUACAUGUCCAAAUUUCUGAGUGACAAGUGGAUGUUUCAGAAGGGAUUUAUGAAGGAAGAAGAUAUGAUGAUUACUAAGCCAUGGUGGUGGCACCUCAAGAUUCAAGAAUUAAGUCUCUCUGCACCUUUGACAGUCUUACCAACUGUCACUUGCGAACGAACUAUUGAAAUCCUCCGAGAGAAGGGUUUUGACCAGGUACCAGUUGUUGAUGAAUCUGGUUUGAUAUUGGGAAUGGUCACUCUUGGUAAUAUGCUUUCAUCCUUGCUUGCUGGGAAGGUUCAGCCUUCGGACCAAGUUAGCAAAGUCAUCUAUAAGCAAUUUCGUCAGAUUCACCUGACAGAUACCUUGGGGAUGCUUUCCCACAUCCUGGAGACGGACCAUUUUGCUCUAGUGGUUCACGAACAGAUUCAGUCACAGGACCAGUCCUUGUCAGAAAUAGUAGAAGGGAUUUCAGAUCACAGUAAUGGCAACUCCAAUCAAAGACAUAUGGUGUUUGGUGUUGUCACAGCUAUUGAUCUGCUGAAUUUUGUGGCUGCCCGAGAAAGAGAACAGAAGACAAGUUAAUCUCAAGUACUCUGCAUAAAGAUGCCACUAAAAGAAAACUGCAAGGCCGUCUUCUUAUUUCUUCUUCUCUUUUUGUACUAGCUUAAAAAUGUUCUUAUGAUUUGAUUUUUCUAGAACUGACAUUUUUUAACAUCAAGGUAUAAACUCACUAUGUAACACAAUAAGCAUUGCUUUAAUAUUUUGUCAAUAAAUAGCAUGUAGGGUGGCAUCUGAUUUAGUAAAGAAACAUUAACCUUAUCACCAGAAAUGUUAUCAAUUUUUCUUUUUAAGUACUUACAGAGAUACAUCUCUUUAUGUUACAAUUAAUUUGGUGAUUUAAAAAUAUCUAAUUUCUUUAAGUCUAAAUUUGCUAAAUAUAACAAAAUGAUUAGUUUCUAAAAUAAAACUGGGGGUGGUUGGAAAUGUCAAGGUCUUAUAGAGGAACAAGUAGUAUUCCUUCUUUAUUUACCAAUUAUCUUACCAAAGAAAAAGCCUAUGAGGCACAGAGUUCAUCAUUAGUCAUAGCCCUGGUGCCAAAGAAGAAAAGGGCUCUGCUAUCAGAGGAUAUAGUUUGGGAUUCAGCACUUAAUUUUUACACAUUCCCUAAGUAAAAAAAAAAAUUUGGGAUAUAAGUUCAGAUGCUGAAUUCUCAGUCACAAAUAUCUCUCAUAGGCUUAUAUAUCUAAGGAGAGAAGAGACACAGCUGGGAGAUGCAACACGCAGUUCAGUACAAGAUCAGAACAGAGAGUGAAGCAAGAGAAAUGAGAUGCACACAGGAGGGUGGUGAGAUUGGAAGGACACAAGGCAAUCUGAUGGGGUCCCAGAAUGGAGAUAGCAAAUGGAAAUAUGCACUCACCAUAAGUGAAACAAGUAUGGAUUUUUCUUAGAUUCUUCUCUGGUUCUAACCAGACCAAUCAUGGAAAGCCAGAAGCUUAGAGCAGAGGACAAAGAAUCCAGGUUCACAACUGAUGUUAAUUCAUGCUUGGGGGAAAGCAGAGAGAAAUUAUCAACUAGUUGAUAAUCAAACAGGCUUCACAUUUUACUGCAGAUCUUACCAAAUGUAUAAUUUGGGUUUUUUGAGAUUCCCCUGGCUUCUUUCUUUAGAAGGUUAGGGAGGCCACUAUUUAGCUCCAAUAACUACGAAUAAUAUUUUUUAAAGACUGAGAACAAAACAGCCAUUAUUCUGGAGCAAUGUGAGACGUCCUAGAGAAAGACAUUCUGCAAAGCUUAGGUUAUGUUAUUAUGAAAGUACACUAGUCACUUAGAGCCAGAAAAAAACCCCAAAUCUAAUGACAAGUUUCUGUAGCCUAAAUGUAGUAUAAUAUUAGCUUCUUGGCACUAGGUCUUGAGAACAGUGUCCUCUAAACCCUUUUAUCCCUACUGAUAAAUUUUUUGAGCACCUCAUAUAGAUAUAUUUACUUAUGUAUAUGUCAUAUGUGUCAUAUUAAUCAUGUACAUAUAAAACAAAAAAUUUUUAAUAAGGUUUAGAUAAACAAAAUAACAUUUAAUUUAGAAUCACUGUAGUUUGGCAGGAGAGUGACAUGAUCAGACCUGUACUUCAGGAUAUGUGCGAAAGGGGUUGAAAUAAAAAGACUAAUUAGGAAGUCUAUUAAAAAUAGUAAAAAAUGAUGUGGGCCUAAAUUAAGGUGCUGACUUUGUGAGGAGAAAGCAGAGAUUGUUGCAAGAAAUAUGAAAGCAGCAGAAUUUACAAAAUAUGGCAAAUAAUUGGAGAUAUGAGGCAAGGGAAUUUGAGGAGUUGAUGACACUGUUUAUUAACCUGAUUAACUGGAGUCAUGUCCUUUACAGAAAUACAAAAUUCUGGAAGAGGAACUGACAUAGGAGGAAAGAUAAGAUGUGCCAUACAGAUCAUAAUCAAUGCAUACUUGUUCAUCCUGUCCCCCUGAAAAUGAAAGGGAGAGUAGAGUACUGUUCUUAUUGGUCAUUGUCUCCCCUGAGCUUUGACUGAUGUCCAGCAAACUCUUAUCACUCCCUAUCUCCUUUUUACUUAUACAUUUACCUGUUUUUGAAUAAUUUGUUUUGGUAUGUAUUUCAUUAUAUCAUAGAAAUAUUUCAGGAAACACACAAAAAAACCCCACAUGUAUAGAAAAGGCAGAAUUUUAGAAGUAGAAGGAACUUUAGAGAUUAUCUUGAUGGGUUAUUCCCAAAGCUCUGGGGGACUGGGAAGAUGGUGAUACCCUCAGGAGUAAUAAGAGAGAUGGGAAGAAUUUGGGGGAAAAGAUAAUGAGUUCAUUUUUGGAUAUGUUGAAUUUAAGAUGUCUGUAGAAUAUCCAGUUUGAGGUGUUUAAUAAGCAGUAGAAGGUAUAAGAUUGAAGGUCAGGAGAGAGGUUAAGAUUGAGUAAGUGGAUUUGAGAAUCACCGGGGUGAUUAUUAAUAUAGCUUAUGUAUGAAAUUGAGUGAAAUAGUAGAGGAAGUGAGCUCAGUUUAGAGAUCUAGGGGAUAUAGUUAAUAGGUAAGAGAUGAAAAGGGUUAUCAACAGCAUUAGAGAGUUGCUAAGUGAUUAUAAAUGAGGAUUGAGAAAGAGAUAUUAGAUUUGGCAACUAAGAGAUGGUUAAAAACUUUAGAUAGAGCAGUAUGAAAAGGUCAGAAGGCAGACUGUGGAGAGUUGAGAGUGACAGGAAAGGAAAUAGAAUCACCUAACAUCAAUUCCCUUUUCAAAGAGUUUAGUAGGAGAGAUUUGAGAUGAUAAUGGGGAUGGUUGGAUCAAGGGAGGGUUUUUUGAGGAUGAAGGAGACGCUGUGUGUGUAAGAAGUAGGGAGAGAUUGAAGAUAAAGAAUUGGGAUGUAGGGGGUCCAGUCUGUUGGAAAAGAUCAAAGAGCAUGGCAUUAUAUGUGGGAGGGAUUGGCCUUGGCAGGGAGAAGGGCUAUCUCUUCAUGUGAUACAGGGCUGAAAGAGGAGAUAGUGGCAGAAGGCAUCUGGUUGGUGUGAGACAAGGAGGAGAAAAGAGGGAGCUCUUGACAAAUAGCCUUAAUAUUUUUCAGUAAAAUAUGAGGUAAGGAUCUCAGUUGAGAGAAGGAGAAAAAAACUGAGGAAUUGAGAAAUUAGAACUUUUGAGGUCAUAUCAAUAUAUUUAUUAAAGUUCCCUGGUAUGAGCUGAGGAAUUGGUGAGGGGAGAAAGAUUGUGAGCCAGGCAUUGAGACUCAUUGAGGAAGGAAGAGGAAUAUCUUAGAGAUCUGUAGAUGAUAGCUACUAGAAUUUUUAUUGGGUGGUAGAUAUGGAUUGUGUGAACCUCAGAGGAGGAAAGUGUCUUAUUUAAGUGACUAAACCCACAAACCUUGACUUCCAAACUGACACAUUUCACAUCACACCACAAACUUCCAGAACUACAAAAUAAUAUUUUUUUUCUUCCAAAUAGCAAUUUUCAACUCUAUUCAGUGAAUCAUAUAAGGGAAUUCCAGAACAUGGAAGUAUAUGAUAGCAUGUUCAAAGAAAUGAGCAUCUUAGUGUGUGACUGAGGUAUAGUAGGGGAGUAAGACAGUGAAUGAGUUGAACAGGUUUUAGGGCAUUUAAGGGGUUGCCAUUAUUUAGAUUGAAAUACUCUUUUAUGAGGGCCGGAAUUGAGGGGAGAUUGUGAGACUCACUGCAGAAAGAAGGGGAGUAUCCUGGAGGUCAGUAGACAAAGCUACCACAAUUUUGAUUGGGGUGGUAGGUAUGGAUUGAGUAUCAAAGGAUGAGAGAUUACUGAAUGAUAGUGGUUGAGGGAGAUCCUGAAUGUGGCAAUGAGAAGCAAACUUUUCCAACUCCUUCAUCUCAACGAGUAAGUUGAGGGGAAUGAGUGAAAGUACAGCCAGUGUUGGAAGGGACAGCCAGAGAAACUCAUCAGGAAUGAACCAUUGAUAACCAGAAGAUGGAAGGAAUGAGAAAGGAUGAUUUAGGAUGAAAGCAAGUUUGUUGCCCAUGCAGCAGGCAUUCCAGAGGGCAAGGGAUGGGUAGUUUGGGAGUGGGUCGUUGGGAGGAUUGUAGAAAAUGGGAAUAGAAGAUCAUCAGUUGUAAAUGGAGAAUAAAGUUUGAAUAGAAAUAGAAAUUAAAAACUUGAUAGUGAUUCAGGAUGACUGGAUGGGAAGGGUAUAACCAAGAAGUUUAUAAUAACCAUCAAAGGAAGACUUUAGAUUUUCAAUGUUUAUAGGAUUUUGCUUUCUGUAUGGAAUCCUUUCAGUGCCUUAAGCAUUUCCAGACAGGGAGAAGGAAUUUUAUAAUUUGGCUUCCCUAAAGCAGGAGACCAGGUUUGAGACUUGAUGAUAUCAAGCCUUCUCUCUUCAUUACCCAGUAGGAGAUCAAUGAUAUGAAAUGGCUCUUCCUCCCAAGGGGGAUUGCUUAUAAGAACCUGAAUGCCUAGAGGGUGAUCUUGGGCAGCAGACCUUUGCAGAAAGCAUCUAGAAUACUUUUUAACUUUUUUUUUGUCUCAUGCAACUCUUUGAAGGUCUGGUAAAGUCUGUGAACCUCUUCUUAGAAUGUUUUUAAAUACAUAAAAAACUUACAAAAGAAAUCAAUUACAUUGAAAUUCAGGAUAUGUGGACAUCCUGUACAGUUCUCAAAAUAGUUUUUCAAAACAUCAAAUUUAGAGAUCUCAAAUUAAAAAUCUCUUGCCAUCUAUAAAGGAUCUCUUCCAUUUAGAACUCUGCAUGAGAUGUCCUUUGCGAUAUUGGGAAAUAUCUUUGGUAAACAUCUUUCUGUUUUAUAACCAUUUGGCAUUUAUAAUCAGAGAGCUAUUAAGUAAUGUUUGUUGUUGCAUCUCUCAGUGAAUUUUGUAAACAAUAAAUAAAUAGAUCCUCUGUAUUUUUCAAUCAAUUGUGUGAUCACAUGACUUUUUUCUAAGCUCUUGAUACCCUCUCUUUUUACAAAUAUUUUGAGAAUUAUUCUUUAAACUCCUCAGUUGUCUCUCCAGUACAAACCAUUGUCCUGUAUAUUUGAUCUUAACUAGCUUCUCUCCUAUGUUUUCUUUUUAACUGCCAUUUCUAUUUUCUUAUCCAGUAAACAGUGUUUCAAACAGUUUUGAAAGUUCCCCAUCAAGUCACUUAGCUUCUCAGUAUCAAUUUCCUCUUCUGUAAAAUAAGGAUUAUAAUGGCAUCUACUUCACAAAGUUAUCUUGGACUUCAAAUAAAAUAACACUUUAUAAAAUAUAACUUGCUAUAUUAAUAUUAGUUCUUGUUCUUAUUGUGAUGAAUCAACAUCCAAAUGUAAUAAUUUCACUGUCAUUGAUGAGAAUAAUUCAUUUCAGAAAUCUUAAUGGAUAUUUCCAUUUUUCUUAUAGUUAUUGUCCUCUCAAUUUCAUUUUAAACUCUGAGUGAUCUGCUUUAAUUAAGUCUCCUAAUAAACUUAUUUUGUAAUUUUC